AUGGUUUUUCCUCUAUGGUUUGGUCUGCAUGAUUUUCUAGGAGGAUCCCUGCUAAAUGUGAUUGAGAGGUUCAUACAAAAUGUAGACACAUUCAAAGCUGUGGAAAUGGCUGCUCGAUUGUGGGUUAUCUGGUCUGCUCGAAAUGAUAGGCUUUGGAAUGAUAAAGUGUGGAGUUUGGAGGACCUCAGAAGAGCUGUUGAAAGUUUUCUCCAUGACUGGAAACUUGCUUAUUCCCCUUCUGAAAAUAUUUCUCAGGUUCAUUCGGUUGCUUCACAUGCAGUUUGGCAUCCACCUCCGGAGGGCUGGGUUAAGUGCAAUGUAGAUGUGUCAUUGCGUGAGUCUUCGAUGGGUUAUGGUGCCGUUCUUCGAAAUCAUCAAGGACAGUUUGUGGCAGCGUUAAGUGGGCGAUUGUUUUGUGAUAGAGAUCCCUAUCUAGCUGAAUCCAUUGCUGUUAAGGAAGCAUUAACGUGGCUCAAGGAUCGUGGUACAGAGAACGUCAUUCUGGAAACUGAUUGUUUGAAUUUCUGUAAUAAUUUUAAUUCUGCUAGACGUGAUUUUUCUUAUGUUGGCCUCAUUAUUAAGCAAUGUCGUGUCAUUGCUAGGGACAUUGGCAUCACUUUGGUUCGCCAUGUCAAUAGAUCAGCGAAUCAGGUAGCUCAUGAAUUGGCACGGGCGACCGGUUCUUUUUCUGUUCUCGGGGUUUGGGAUUCCACCCCACCUACUUGUAUUUCGGUUUUCUUCGAUAAUUAA